CGCUUAGACAAUGCGGGGGAGCAGCCAGACCGUCGCGCCCCAGCCCCAUCGUAGUAUUGGAGCUCGCCUACCCAGGGACCCCUCAAAAGCCUGAGCCCCAGCCCCCGAAGCUUGAAAACUAGGAUUCUCUUCUCCACCAACUCUGACUUCGGGGGAGGUGGGGCCCCAGACAAGAUCCGAGCUGCAGGAGUGGGGGUGGCCGCAGGAGGUGAAGUAAAAAGAAUCUAAGCAGCGCGACUGGAGGGGACGUUUGUGUGAAUGGGAUGGGGACACCGGGGGAGGGGCUGGGCCGCUGCUCCCAUGCCCUGAUCCGGGGGGUCCCCGAGAGCCUGGCUUCUGGGGAAGGUGCGGGAGCUGGCCUCCCAACUCUGGACCUGGCCAAAGCUCAGAGGGAGCAUGGGGUGCUAGGGGGUAAACUGAGGCAGCGGUUGGGGCUGCAACUACUGGAACUGCCUCCUGAAGAGUCGCUGCCUCUGGGGCCGCUGCUGGGCGACAUUGCCGUGAUCCAAGGGGACACAGCCCUCAUCACGCGGCCCUGGAGCCCUGCCCGCAGGCCGGAGGUCGAUGGAGUGCGCAAAGCUCUUCAGGACUUAGGGCUCCGAAUUGUGGAGAUGGGGGACGAGAGUGCAACGCUGGAUGGCACUGAUGUUCUUUUCACCGGCCGGGAGUUUUUCGUAGGUCUUUCCAAGUGGACCAAUCACCGAGGAGCUGAGUUCGUGGCUGACACCUUCCGAGACUUCGCAGUCUCCACAGUACCUGUCUCUGGCCCUUCCCACCUUCGCAGCCUCUGUGGAAUGGGAGGACCCCGCACUGUGGUGGCUGGUAGUAGUGAGGCUGCCCAAAAGGCUGUCAGGGCAAUGGCAAUGUUGACAGAUCAUCCCUAUGCCUCCCUGACCCUCCCAGAUGAUGCAGCUGCUGACUGUCUCUUUCUGCGUCCUGGGUUGCCUGGUGUGCCCCCAUUCCUUCUGCACCGUGGAGGUGGUGACCUGCCCAAUAGCCAGGAGGCACUGCAGAAGCUCUCUGAUGUCACCCUGGUCCCUGUGUCCUGCUCUGAAUUGGAGAAGGCAGGUGCUGGACUCAGCUCCCUCUGCCUUGUGCUCAGCACACGCCCCCACAGCUGAAAGUCUGGCCUUGGGAUCCUCACUGGCCAGGGAUAGGGCAGCAUAAAGUGUAGAGGGGAAGGAGGAUUAGACAGAGGACUGAAUAGGCAGUAGUGGGAGAGAGCUCCAAGGUAGGGGGAGGGUAUCGUAUGGGAAAAAGAAUAGAGACAACUAGGUGGGCUCUCUACCCCAGAACUAAUAAAAUAGAACUAACCUUUUAGACUGA